UGGAAAAACAGAGGUAAAUGUUGGGUUCAGCGGCGCGUGACAUCUGACCCCGCUGCAUUUAGUGACUGUCCUGCUCUGGCGUUUGGGGGUAGAUGAACAUUGAAUAUACUUCUAAUUUAUUAUAAUUAAUUAUUCUUUUUCUUUUUUGUUUGGUAUCACUCUCACAAAAACAAACCUGCAAAUAUAAUAUUUGGGCUGAAAAGAAAAUUACAAGAUCGUUUCUGAAAUCCAAGGAAGAAGAAGACAACCUUAAACACAGUAUGAAUCUUGCCAUGCAAAAAUCAAUCAUUUUUGUGUAGUUGGUUAAUUGGAUUUGCGAAAGAAGUUUUUUUAGAGAGAGAAUGAAAUCAAUGGCGGCGAAUUCAUCUUCUUCCACCAAAACCGCCCUCUCUCCGCUCCACCCUCCCCAUUUCACUCCGAUUGAAGAAGGUAAUGAGGAAGAGGAAUUCUCACAGGGGAGAAGCAGUUUCAGGGCAACUCCCCUGAGCGAAUACACGGACACCAGAACAGAGAGUGGUUCCACGCGCCACCACACGCCGGCGACCUCCGAGAAUCGCCGGAGCAAAGGUUCGUCGAAGACGACGGCGGCCCGGCAUCACCACCAGAAAGACGUCUCGGUCGGCGUUUCGUGCAACAAGUGCAGGCCCAGCAGCAGGGAGAAAAUCUCCGUCGUCCCACUGGAGAACAACGGCGGCAGCAGCGGCGGCGGCGGCGGCGGAGGAAGUGUUGUCCAUAGGCUCUCGAUGGCCUCUCCGAACGUCAUCUUCAAAUCCAUCUUAUCUUCUUUGGCUCUCAAGAAAAGCCCCAAAUCCUCGUCGGAGGGGGCCGCCGCCCCCUCCUCCGCCACCUCCUCUAGGGAGGAUCACUGGAAAAUUGUGGUGGCGGAGCUCUCCGGCAAGCUGAUCCAGGCUUCGAGAAAGAGAGACGAGGCCAUUCUAGAAGCUUCCAAGCUCAAGUACUCCAUGUCCGAGCUCGAGAAGAAGCUCAACAAGCUCGAAAUCUAUUGCCACACCUUGAAAUCGGGCCUCGAAGUUUGCCAUAAUAAUAAUAACAUUAAUAAUAAUAAUUUUCAGCACCAAAAGCAGCACAAAUCGCCGUCUCGUAACAUGAAUUACCACCUCGUAAAAAUCGGAGAUCAAGAAAGAGUAAUCCAGCAUUUCUUGAUUCUAGUCUCCGAUUCGAGAUCUUCGGUCCGUUUUCUAAGCCGGGCUUUAGCGGGUCAAUUACGUCAAAUGGGGGGGAAAGUGUUCGAUCGGAUCUCGUCACUUUUACAAGCCUACGAUAUCAAGAUCUCGUUUUCAAGAAACCCUAAAGGCCUACUCUUCUACCUCGAGGCCUUGCUAAAUAAAGCCUUCUUCGACGAUUUCGAAUCCAUCGGAUUCCAAAAGGGAGGCCCGAACCCGAUCCUCAACCCGUUGGACCGUUGCGAAUCCAAUUUCGCAAUGUUCAGUCGGCUAAACGGGUUGACUUGGGACGAGGUACUGAACAAAGGGACUCGCCAUUUCAGCGACGAAUUCAGCAAAUUCUGCGACAGAAAAAUGAGCGAAAUCGUCGCAAUGUUGGGUUGGAACAAGGCAUGGCCCGAACCCCUCCUGCAGGCCUUUUUCGGAGCUUCGAAGGCGGUUUGGUUGGUUCACCUUUUGGCGAAUUCGGUCCACCCGGCCCUACCUGUAUUCAGGGUGGAUAAAGGGGCCGGGUUCGACCCGGUUUAUAUGGAGGAUAUGGGCGGGGAUCGGGCGAAGAAGCUCGUCCCGACCAUGGUUAGGAUCAUGGUUACACCCGGGUUCUACGUUUACGACAACGUCGUCAAAUGCAAGGUUCUUUGCAGGUAUUACAAUGGUGGCAAUAUUAAUGAUUUAUAUGAUAAGGGGUUUACUCCAUCUCCUUCUUAGCUUGUGUUUUUUUUUUUUUUUUUUUUUUUAAAUGUAUUUCUAAAAUUGUUAUAAUUAUUAAUUAUUUUAUAUUAAUGGUAUUUUGUUAUAUUAAUUUAGUGAAUCUUGAUUAAAAAAAAAGUGGGGUUUGGACAAUUAGCAUGUUUGACUUGUUGACUAGUUGUUGUUUAGCAUCUUGAUUUGACUUUUGACUAUGGUCAAUGGGGAGAUUGGAUUGUGUGUCUUUUUUGAGGUUAAGACAAAAGUUUUUGCAUGUAAUUAUAAUAUUCAUGUUUGAGUUGUCAAAAAUCUUGGUAGUUCACUUUUGGGGUUUGUACUUCCAAUAAGAUUUGUUUAUUUGUUUCUUUG